AUGAGUGGAAUAGCAUUGAAAAUUACUGCAUUGGCCAUCCGCACCAUCUCAAAACCCAUCUCAAAAGCCAUUACAACACGAGCAAAAACAAAUGACUUAUUCCGUCAAUACUGUAUUAAUUUCGCCAACAAUCUACACAAGACAGAUGUAAUCUUACGAGGUAAACUAUUGGGCAAUGAAAACAUACGAAUACGACCAUUGAAUGAUAACAAGGCCAUAGAACAGGGAGCAACCUUUAUAUCGGAAUUCUUCCUCUUUAGUGUUGCCGGCUCACUAAUCUUUUAUGAAGCUUAUAGGAGUCGUAAAAAAGCACUGGACCAAAGAGAAGCAUUGGCCGACGACAUUGCGGUGUUACAGAGCGAAAUCGAGUAUAUAAAGGAGAAGUUGAGAGGCGUUAACGUCAGAUUGGAUGAUUAUCGAGUGCCGGAAGGUAUAAAGCCAAAAUACGUCAAGGUUAAUCUGGACGGCAGCGUAACUGGACACAGUCUAGACCAAAGAAAUAUGCUGCCAACCACAAAUGGAGAUGGUGCUGGAAAAACAGAGCAAAAAGACUUGAAGCAAACACCUGCUCUAUAA